GAGCUGUCAGCGGGCGGACGGGCAGCGGGUGACGGAGCGGCGAGCUGAGCGCACAGCAGUCGCGGCCCGGGAGCCGGAGCUGCCGCCGCACCCCAGGAAGGCUGCCUUGCCGCCGGCCCGCCGACCGCGGCGGGACGAAGAUGCUGUUCCGCGCCCGGGGGCCGGUACGGGGCAGGGGCCGGGGGCAGCCGGCGGAGGCUCCCCGCCGCGGGCGCUCGCCGCCCUGGAGCCCCGCCUGGAUUUGCUGCUGGGCGCUCGCCGGCUGCCAGGCGGCCUGGGCUGGGGACCUGCCCUCCGCCUCCAGCCGCCCGCUUCCUCCUUGCCAGGAGAAAGAUUAUCACUUUGAAUAUACGGAAUGUGAUAGCAGUGGCUCCAGGUGGAGAGUUGCCAUUCCAAAUUCUGCAGUGGACUGCUCUGGCCUGCCUGACCCAGUGAGAGGCAAAGAAUGCACUUUCUCCUGUGCUUCUGGAGAGUAUCUAGAAAUGAAGAACCAGGUAUGCAGUAAGUGUGGUGAAGGCACCUAUUCCUUGGGCAGUGGCAUCAAAUUUGAUGAAUGGGAUGAAUUGCCGGCAGGAUUUUCUAACAUCGCUACAUUCAUGGACACUGUGGUGGGCCCUUCUGACAGCAGGCCAGACGGCUGUAACAACUCUUCUUGGAUCCCUCGUGGAAACUACAUAGAAUCUAAUCGUGAUGACUGCACGGUGUCUUUGAUCUAUGCUGUGCACCUUAAGAAGUCAGGCUAUGUCUUCUUUGAGUACCAGUAUGUCGACAACAACAUCUUCUUUGAGUUCUUUAUUCAAAAUGAUCAGUGCCAGGAGAUGGACACCACCACUGACAAGUGGGUAAAACUUACCGACAAUGGAGAAUGGGGCUCUCAUUCUGUAAUGCUGAAAUCAGGCACAAACAUACUCUACUGGAGAACUACAGGCAUCCUUAUGGGUUCUAAGGCGGUCAAGCCUGUGCUGGUAAAAAAUAUCACAAUUGAAGGGGUGGCGUACACAUCAGAAUGUUUUCCUUGCAAGCCAGGCACAUUCAGCAACAAACCAGGUUCAUUCAACUGCCAGGUGUGUCCCAGAAACACCUAUUCUGAGAAAGGAGCCAAAGAAUGUAUAAGGUGUAAAGACGACUCUCAAUUUUCAGAGGAAGGAUCCAGUGAGUGUACAGAGCGCCCUCCCUGUACCACAAAAGACUAUUUCCAGAUCCAUACUCCAUGUGAUGAAGAAGGAAAGACACAGAUAAUGUACAAGUGGAUAGAGCCCAAAAUCUGCCGGGAGGAUCUCACAGAUGCUAUUAGAUUGCCCCCUUCUGGAGAGAAGAAGGAUUGUCCACCUUGCAACCCUGGAUUUUAUAACAAUGGAUCAUCUUCUUGCCAUCCCUGUCCUCCUGGAACAUUUUCAGAUGGAACCAAAGAAUGUAGACCAUGUCCAGCAGGAAUGGAGCCUGCCCUUGGCUUUGAAUAUAAAUGGUGGAAUGUCCUUCCUGGCAACAUGAAAACUUCGUGCUUCAAUGUUGGGAAUUCGAAGUGUGAUGGAAUGAAUGGUUGGGAGGUGGCUGGAGAUCAUAUCCAGAGUGGGGCUGGAGGUUCUGACAAUGAUUACCUGAUCUUAAACUUGCAUAUCCCAGGAUUUAAACCACCAACAUCUAUGACUGGAGCCACGGGUUCUGAACUAGGAAGAAUAACAUUUGUCUUUGAGACCCUCUGUUCAGCCGACUGUGUUUUGUACUUCAUGGUGGAUAUUAAUAGAAAAAGUACGAAUGUGGUAGAAUCAUGGGGUGGAACCAAAGAAAAACAAGCUUAUACCCAUAUCAUCUUCAAGAAUGCAACUUUUACAUUUACAUGGGCGUUCCAGAGAACUAAUCAGGGUCAAGAUAAUAGACGGUUCAUCAAUGACAUGGUGAAGAUUUAUUCUAUCACAGCCACUAAUGCAGUUGAUGGGGUGGCGUCCUCCUGCCGUGCCUGUGCACUCGGUUCUGAACAGUCGGGUUCAUCGUGUGUCCCCUGCCCUCCAGGCCACUACAUUGAGAAAGAAACCAACCAGUGCAAGGAAUGUCCACCUGACACCUACCUGUCCAUACAUCAGGUCUAUGGCAAAGAGGCUUGUAUUCCAUGUGGGCCUGGGAGUAAAAACAAUCAGGACCAUUCGGUUUGCUAUAGUGACUGCUUUUUCUACCAUGAAAAAGAAAAUCAGAGUUUGCACUAUGACUUUAGCAACCUCAGCAGUGUGGGCUCAUUAAUGAAUGGCCCCAGCUUCACCUCCAAAGGAACAAAAUACUUUCAUUUCUUCAAUAUCAGUUUAUGUGGGCAUGAGGGGAAGAAGAUGGCUUUCUGUACCAACAAUAUAACAGACUUUACAGUAAAAGAAAUAGUGGCAGGGUCAGAUGAUUACACAAAUUUGGUAGGGGCAUUUGUAUGCCAGUCAACAAUUAUUCCUUCUGAAAGUAAGGGUUUCCGAGCAGCCUUAUCAUCACAAUCCAUCAUUCUGGCAGAUACAUUCUUAGGAGUAACAGUUGAAACCACAUUACAAAAUAUUAAUAUAAAAGAAGAUAUGUUCCCAGUUCCAGCAAGCCAAAUACCAGAUGUGCAUUUCUUUUAUAAGUCUUCUACAGCGACAACAUCUUGUAUUAAUGGCCGAUCAACUGCUGUGAAAAUGAGGUGUAAUCCUACUAAAUCUGGAGCAGGAGUGAUUUCAGUCCCCAGCAAGUGCCCAGCAGGUACUUGUGAUGGGUGUACAUUCUAUUUCCUGUGGGAGAGUGCUGAAGCUUGCCCUCUGUGUACGGAGCAUGACUUCCAUGAGAUUGAGGGAGCCUGCAAGAGAGGAUUUCAGGAAACCUUAUAUGUGUGGAAUGAACCUAAAUGGUGCAUUAAAGGAAUUUCUUUGCCUGAGAAAAAGUUGGCAACCUGUGAAACGGUUGACUUUUGGCUGAAGGUGGGAGCCGGUGUGGGAGCUUUUACUGCCGUUUUGCUGGUGGCUCUGACCUGCUACUUCUGGAAAAAGAAUCAAAAACUGGAAUACAAAUAUUCCAAGUUAGUAAUGACGACUAACUCAAAAGAGUGUGAACUCCCGGCUGCAGACAGUUGCGCUAUCAUGGAAGGAGAAGAUAAUGAAGAGGAAGUUGUAUAUUCCAAUAAACAGUCACUACUAGGAAAACUCAAAUCGUUGGCAACCAAGGAAAAAGAAGACCAUUUUGAAUCUGUUCAACUGAAAACCUCAAGAUCCCCAAAUAUAUGAAGAGACAGUGCUGUAGCCUUGAGACUAAUGAACAAAGAAACCUGCUCUAGUUUUACAGGACCAUAUUUUAGGGUCUGUCCUCAUACCUGUCACAUUGGUGAUCUCACAGAGGAGGGCCAUGCCGCUGAAAAGGGAAGGAGAUUGAAACAUUUGAUUGCCUUAUCACAUGGUCAAGUACCUUGCCAAAUAAAGGAAAGCAAAUGAUUUGGGUCUCAACUGAAGAUGAAGCUCAACUCAGGAAGAGAUUUAUCUGUAUAUACACAUAACUGAAAGCCAAGUUUAAGCCCACCAAUGCACUGCUGAUGCAUGCCAUAUAAUUAAUGGGUAACUUUUAUUCUUUAUAAUGUCUAUAUAACAAGUGUGAUUUGGAGGGCACAUGUGAGCAUAUGCAUUAUGAUCCAAUUUAUGUUUUUUCUUUGUUUAUAUUUUGGGGAAAAUUAAAAUUUUUUUAAGGUA